CAAAAAAGAAAGAUAUUUUAGGGUGCCCUUCAUAAAUUUGGAAAUAGUCUUCACCAAUUGUCCUGAACAGAGAGAAAUGGGUAUCAAGUCAACUCUGAACACUCUAUGACUAAAAGAAAAAAUCAUUCACCUCGAUACCAGAAAGAAGAAAAGUCAUCGCUUUUGGGAAAUUUGAUGAACAAAGACCAAAUCUUAAAACUCGAAUUCUUCUGGUUCCUAAAAAGUGGCUGUCAAGAAGAGUGAGACAUGCAUCAAACUCUCUCUUCUCCUGCCAUGGCGUCAAACCUCCGGAAACCCUAUUUCCUCAGGUACUUAACUAUUCUUCCCCAAUCGAUGAUGGUCGAAAGCUGAAACCUUUUUCUGCAAAUCGAUUAACCGACAAGAAAAUCCAACCCAACCCACCCACUUUGUUUUGUUUGGAUGAUAAAAAUGUCGGAAAAGAGUUUGCUUUCUUCAAAAUUCCUCUUUUACACGAUAACUGUUUCAACGCUACUCUUCAUUGUCUCUUCUCUCGUCUUCCUUCAACGCCACGAUUCUUCUUUCACUUCAAGUUUAGUUCGCAAGCUGAUUCUUCCAAGAACAGACAUCAAGAACGAAGAAUUCGGACUAAUCGAUACGAAAUGCGAUCGAGACAGAGAUGUGUUGAAGGUGUUUAUGUACGAUCUACCCUCUGAGUUUCACUUUGGGAUAUUGAAUUGGCACAAAAAAGGAUCUGAGAUUUGGCCAAAUGUCAACAACAUUAGUACAAUCCCAUCUUAUCCUGGUGGGUUAAAUCGUCAACACAGUGUAGAGUAUUGGCUAACACUUGAUUUAUUAGCUUCAGAGACACCUGAAAUCAAGAGACCUUGUAGUAGUGCAGCUAUUAGAGUGAAGAACUCUAAUGAAGCUGAUAUAGUUUUCGUGCCUUUCUUUGCUUCGUUGAGUUACAAUCGGAAAUCGAAGCUCCGUGGAAACGAAACAAGCAGUGAUGAUAGAUUGUUGCAAGAAAGAUUAGUUGAGUUCUUGAAAAGUCAAGAUGAGUGGAAAAGAUUUGAUGGGAAAGAUCAUUUGAUAGUAGCUCACCAUCCAAACAGUUUGCUCUAUGCAAGAAACUUUCUUGGAUCAGCAAUGUUUGUUCUUUCGGAUUUCGGAAGGUAUUCGUCUGCUAUCGCCAAUCUUGAGAAAGAUAUCAUUGCGCCUUACGUGCACGUCGUUAAGACUAUCUCUAACAACGAGUCAGCUUCGUUUGAGAAGCGUCCUGUAUUGGCAUAUUUCCAAGGAGCUAUCUAUAGAAAAGAUGGUGGAACUAUUCGUCAAGAACUGUAUAACCUUCUGAAAGAUGAGAAAGAUGUUCACUUUGCAUUUGGAACUGUUAGAGGAAAUGGGACUAAACAAACUGGUAAAGGAAUGGCUUCCUCGAAGUUUUGUCUCAAUAUCGCGGGUGACACUCCUUCCUCUAACCGUCUUUUCGAUGCCAUUGUGAGCCAUUGUGUUCCGGUUAUAAUCAGUGAUCAGAUUGAGCUUCCAUUUGAAGAUACUCUUGAUUAUUCGGGUUUCUCCGUGUUUGUGCAUGCUUCUGAAGCUGUAAAGAAAGAGUUCUUGGUGAAUAUUCUCAGAGGGAUAACAGAGGAUCAGUGGAAGAAGAAGUGGGGGAGAUUGAAAGAGGUUGCUGGGUGUUUUGAGUAUCGCUUUCCUUCGCAAGUUGGAGAUUCUGUGAAUAUGAUUUGGUCAGCGGUUUCGCAUAAGCUUUCUUCACUUCAGUUUGAUGUUCAUAGAAAGAAUCGCUACCGUAGAUCUGAAAUGUUUGAUAGAAACGGUUCGAGUUAAGAUCAUGUAUGUGAAAUAUACUACAUUCUCUUUAUGCUUCAUGUCUGUUUUCUUUUCUUGAGUUGAAAAAGAUAACAGUCAAAUCCUUCAACUCAAGGUCUAAGUUAAUUUGACAGUACAAGUCAAGUUUUCACUUUAUAGUUUUG